ACGCCUCCCCCGCUUAAUAUCUAAUCCAACGAAGAGAGGUCUCAGUUGUUGUAGUGUCUUCGUGCACACGAUGGUGGAGAGGUUCUUUGUUUGCUGGCUUUGACGGUAACGCGCCUGCGUGCUCGCGCUCUUUCAUUAUUUCACAGGUGCGCUCAGCAGCUCAGGAGGACACACUGCAGCAGCAGCAGUAGGAUGAUAUAUGGCAGAUGCUACAGCAGAGAGCACAAUCAACAUGGAGGACUUUUUCAAAACGGUGGGGGAGGUGACGAGCCUCAUUGAAAAAAUCUCCUGCCAAGCAGAAGAGGUGGAGGGACGACACGGAGCUAUUGUUUGCACUGCAAGCCAAGACAAGAGAAAACAAGACAACCUGGAGCUGCUCAACCAUGAGACCAAGAAGAACGCCAACUUGGUCCGAGCCAAGUUAAUAUCAAUGCAGCAGAACUUUCCGGUGGAGGAGAACGGUGAAAGAGCCUCAGCAAUUCAGCGUAUUCAGAAGAACCAGCACUCCCACCUGACUCGGUGCUUUGCUGAAGCCAUGAGGGGCUACCAUAAGGCACAGAUCUCCUUCAGAGAGAAAUGCAAAGCACAGAUCCAGAGACAGCUGGAGAUUGUGGAUAAAGUGACAACGGAUGAAGAGUUGGAGGAGAUGCUGCACCGUGACCAUCUUACCAUCUUCAUAUCUGAUAUCAACUCUGACGCUCUGAUUUCCAGCCAGGCUCUGAGUGAGAUCGAGUCUCGUCAUCAGGACAUCAUCUGCCUCGAGUCCAGCAUCAAAGAGCUGCACGAGAUAUUUGCCGACACCGCCAUGCUGUUGGAGAUUCAGGGAGACUUGAUCAACAAUAUAGAAAAGAACGUGACGAGUGCAGCAGAGUAUGUAGAUGUGUCCAAAGCACAAACCUACGAUGCAGUCGCAUAUAAGAAAAACCCGUACAAGUUAGCAUCUCUCCCGAGCUUCUUCAAGUCUUUCAAGAGGAAAACCUAAAACUGCUACUGAUCAAAACGCCUCCGAUUCAAACCACGACUGAGCUCCCGAACCUGUCUGAACAUUGACUGCACCAAACAUCCUGAUCUACAUCAAAGCCUGCGCUCGAUGGAGCAUGCUUUUCAUCAGAUUUUUCGGUACAGUGCCUGUCUGCCAACUCGAAGGAUAAUGAGGUCGUCGUUAAUUUAAAUUUGCACUGCUAUGAUAAUGAUGCGACAACAUGCUGAGCCAGUUUCUGAUGCUACCUGUGGACUGUCAAAAGGACAAAUGCAGCAUAAAACCUUAAAAAAAUCACUCACUCACAGUUAGCCAGUGUUGCCCUUAGUGGCCAGCAGGUGGCAGGACAACAUCAGAUAGAACUCUGAACCAAGAUCACUUAACUUCCCUCCUCUCUGCAGUCCUGCUGAACUUCUGUGUUUUUGUCUGAUACUGUGUUUUACCAAUGUAGUGUUUAAUAUUCUGAAAGAAAUGUCUAAUCCCUUGCUGUGGGACUAUGCCUGCCAAUCCUGAAAUAAACCUAUGUGGUGAAUGCUACAGUACGUAAUGUGCUACUGGUGCUUUAUUGUAACAUGUGAAAGAGGGGAAGGAAAUGCUGUGACUACACAUACAAGAAUCCAUCAUAAUGUGGGAUAGACAAACUAUAGUCGGAGGUCUAAAAGUCCCUCUAUCCCAUACGGAUGGGUAAGAAAA